AUGCGAUCACUAAAGCUACUUAAACCAGUGUUGAGGAAGCUUAACAAAACUCAUUACAGUUGGAUUUCUCAAAGGGUUAAAGAUCAGACUUCAAAGCUAACUCUCCUGCAGCGACAACUUCUCACCAAUCUGGAUCCUGUAACAGCUAGGCUGGAACACGAGGAGCGUUCAAAAUGGCAGAUGCUAAUUGCAGCAGAAGAAAAAUUCUACCGUCAGAAGUCUCGUGUCCUAUGGCACCAUCUGGGAGAUAGAGAUACUAAAUUCUACCAUAAGACUGUGAUCCAGAGAGCUCACUGUAAUCAUAUCCACUUCCUAAAAACAGAGAAUGAUGUGGUCAUUGGUGCUUUUGAGGAUAUAAAGGCUCACUCUGUGGAUUUCUUCGCAAGUACUUUGGGGUCUACUUCUCUGCCAGAGUCUCCCUGCUCUGUGGGACAAAUACAAGAUCUUCUACCGUUCAGAUGCUCUGAUCUCCAGUGUUGCUACCUGAAGAGAAAGGUGGCAGAAGUAGAAAUCAAGAACACCUUGUUCGCUAUGCCACUGGAUAAGAGUCCAGGUCCAGAUGGCUAUUCAAUUGAAUUCUUCCGGUCAUCAUGGAGAUUGAAGUUCAAAGAUGAACCUGACAUAAACUUCAAUGAUUGGAAAGAUGAUAAGGGGUUCUGGAGCAAUAUGCUGAGGAAAAAUAGAAAGGUCAACUUAUUCAUGAUAAGGACGAAGCUUCUUCACAAAUGCAACAAGUGGACGUAUGUGGACAUGGUUAGGCUAGUGUAUAUGUGUGUCAUACAUGGAUUCCUCGUAGCUAAGGAUUCAAGAGUGUUCAUCCCUCAUGAAUACAUCCGUUUGGUGAUGGAUUUUGAGAAGAUGAGGAUGUAUCCGUGGGGUCUUCACGCGUAUGACGAGCUGCUUGCAUCAAUACUCAAAGCAAGGAAAGAUUUGCAUCUGAAGAACAGUUACGUGUUGGAUGGAUUCUCCUAUGCGUUUCAGAUAUGGGUUAUGGAGGCAAUCCCAGACAUUGAUAGUAUGGGAGAGCUGUUCCCAUUUAUAUCUGCUACUGGGAACAAUGAUGUGGUUGUUAGCACUGAGUUCUAUAGGGAAAAUGAGAAGAAAGAUGAACGAGUUGGUCGUAUUGUUACUCUUCUCAAUGCCAAACAGGAUUGGACGGAAUUCGUAUGGGAAGUCGAGGCUUUGCCUCCAACUUUGGAGCUUUCUGAUUCAUAA